CAGGAAAUCUCCUUAAAAAUCAUUGGUGGUUUCCCCAAAGGUGCGAAUGUUUUUAUCCGGGUCGCUCUACUCGCAGACACAUCAGACUGAAAGCAACACACUGCGUGACAGACUGGUGGAAACCCGUGGACCUGGACUCGGGGCUGUCUGUGUAACGUUUGCGGAGUUGGCAUAUUUAACUUUUGUUCUUGCUGUUCCAGUGUGUUAAUCACUGUUGCUGUACAUGUUUGUAAGAAUUUAUCAAGCUCUUUUCAAACAGUAUUCGAAAAGCUGAUAACUUUGUGGAUUUACCAAGUAUCGAGUUGUCGUUCUUUUAAAAGUGUUUUUUUUCAUUGAUCUUUGUAAACAUUCUGACUACCUUACGACGGCCUAUUUCCUAGUCAGAAAAAGAAUGUAUUGGAUUAUUUCAAAUGCGUUAUGUACCAAUGUCUACCUGCAUUCUCCUUGAGUUGGCUGCGUAAGACGCACUAGGAAAGGACGAACUUUUAGUUGCAGCCAUGAGUCAGCCUGGCCUGUUCUUAGCCAAGGCGUUGUAUGACAACAUAGCCGAGACACCAGAUGAGUUGGCAUUUCGACGCGGGGACGUGCUGACGGUGCUAGAGCAGGAUACUAAAGGACUGGAAGGCUGGUGGCUGUGCUCUCUCCGGAACAAACACGGCAUCGCCCCUGGCAACAGAUUGAAAAUCGUGUCCGGCAUGGGCGAGGCUGGAGGAAGUAGUCUGGACUUAACUAAGAGUAGCAUGGAGCUGUAUGACCAGCCCAAUCGAGGACUUCAAGACUAUGAUGUACCACCAUCUCACAGAGGGUCUUUUGACACUGGCUACCAUGACAUGUCAGGGAGAAGGUCAUCUAAUGCCACAUCUCGAGGAUCUGCAGGCUCUAGAAAGGCUUCUCUAGGAGAUGACCUGUAUGACACCCCACCCAGCAGUAAGAGAGGCUCUGCAGAAACUGUCAACGGCAUCUAUGACACACCUCCAAGCAGCAAAAGAGCUUCUAGUGAGCGGACCCCUCCGCACAGCAACCGUUCCUCGGCCUCUAGAGACUCUGGCUCCAACCUUGCUUUCAACAAUUCAUCAAGUCACACUUCAUUGAAUGCUAGCGCUAACAACACUCUGGUUUUGCCACAGAUUGUGAAACGCAGGCAUUCAAAUUCCAGUGAUAAUUGCUAUGAAACUCCACCUGGGAGUAACCGUUCAUCUCUAGAACGGAUAUUAUCUGAAGAAGGGCCACCAAUAUAUGAAUCAUUAUCUGCAGCUAACUCCACUGAAAAUAUAACAGAAGAGCCUACUUAUGAUACACCACCCGUGCGUAAUCUUUCUCUUUCACUUGCCAACCCUGCGUCACAGUCUAGUCUACGUUCAGUGGGAUCCAGUGACUCACUCUUGUCAAACACAUCUGGUGUAAGCAGUGCACGCCUUUCCCAAGCGACAAGCUUGCCAGAUUCAGCUCGCUCCAGCAUGGACUAUCCUUCAGAAACAUAUGAUGUUCCACCUUGCAUGCUAGAUGGGGAGAAAUCAAGAAAACAGCUGUCCAUGGAUUCUGGUUUGGGAUUUUAUGACAGCCCUACCAAAUCUCGCCCCUCAUCCAUUAACUCAAACUGUAUGACACCUUCCACAGACACACUGAGAACAUCACACUCUUCAUUUGACUGCAAGUCGAAGAGUUCACCUCGGGAUAUCAAACGCAGCAGAAGCUUGGAGCAUGCCCUAGAUGACUUGUACGACACACCUAAAAACAAUGCUCCAAGAAUCACUCAAAAGAAACUGGGGUCUACAGGUCAUAGUUCAUCUGGUGCCAUCAUGGAAUCUUCCAAUGUUUAUGAUGUACCCCCUCAGGUCAUGAGGGAUUCAGUCAUUUCAAUGCGGUCAGACUCUUCAGAUGAAAAUCAGCGUUUCUCAUCCUCAAGCCUUGACGCUGACCAGCAACUUGCAGAUGUUCCAAUCUGGGAUGAACUGCUCCUAGAUUUGGACUCUGCCCUAGAAACGUUGACCAAAAAACAGCAAGAUGUUUCAAAAGCUACGAGCAGACUUGGGAGCUUUGUCAACAACACAUGGCGAAGUCGCAGCAGCUUAGAGAAAUCUUUAUAUGACAUCAAAGUGUCCUGUUCCUUGGUGAGGAAUGCCCUCAGUGAGUUUGUAGAUUUUGCCCAAGGAGCCAGAGCCAAUGCCCUGAGAGUUCCAGACAAACUUUUGGCAAGUAAGCUACAGAAGUACAUAUCACCUUUAAUGAGUACACUGGAGUUAGUGCAAAAGAGCUUUACAAAUCUGGAAGAAAUAAAGUGGCAGGUAUCCGUGCUGUGUGAGCCUCUUGACAAAAGCAAACCAGACGAUCUAGGUCAGAUAGCCCUGGUGGCCAGAGAACUGUUACCUGAAGUGAAAAAAGUGGCAUCCUUCAUUCAGAAUCACAGUUCAGUUCUGUUUAAGAAAGCUGCGAGUGGAGAAAGUAAGAAGUCUGUCGCCUCCAAACCUCCAAUGGUUCCCAAACCUGGGGAAACUAAUGGAGGAAAAACACCCACUCCUGUAUUAAACAAACAAAAAAGCAUUCAACACAGGCCGCUACCGGCAGUGCCUGGAGUGGAUCGUGUUUCAUCCACCAUCCUCUCCCCAACUACCGGGCCUGCAAUGUUGCCAAAGAAAAUGUCUUCGUACGACUUCAAGGCUGCACUUCACAAAGAUGACUAUGCUGAAUGUGAUGAAAUAGCUCCAAGCAAAGAUUCCACUAACAUGGAUCUAUUAGCAGAGUAUGAUUAUGUGAGACUAGAUACUAAGGAUACUCUGACAAAGUCACAGAAUAAUAGCAGUUUUAUUGAUUCGGAGAGUAAAUUAGUAAGUAAAGAGAAUAUUAAUAUUAGCAGUGAACAAGAAAACAUUUCAAAGAUUGAUACGGAGGUAACUAGAAUGAUGAAUGCUUGUAAAGUUGGUUUUGAUGAAAUCGAUACAAUCCCUGUGAAAGAGACAUCUUCAAGUAUCAAAAGAUCAGAUGUUGCUACUAACAAUAUGGAUUCAGGUAAAGCGCCAGAUAGUGCUGAUAACUAUGAUGAUAAUGAAUUUAAUGAUGAUCUAAAAACACCCAUAAACAAAACAUCUGGAGAAUCAAACUUUAUAAUGCCAUCACCUGGAUUGGAUGUCUCUUCUAAUAAACCUGAAGUCUUGGAUCCUAAUGAUCGCCAAGUGCUUGUGUUUUACUCAGAACAGAUAAACUCUCAUUCCACACUACUGGGCAAUGCCAUUGAUGCAUUCUUGGGAGUGGUCAACAAUGGUCAGCCCCCUAAUGUUUUCAUAUCACACAGUAAGUUUGUUAUAGUCUCGGCCCACAAACUUGUGCACAUUGGAGACAGCAUUCACCGGAACCUAAUUAGCAACAACGCCAGUGCUCGUAUUAUGCACUGCGCCAAUCAUUUGUGUGACUGCUUGAAAGCUUCUGUUACUGCCACAAAGACUGCAGCCCUGAAAUAUCCCUGUGCACCGGCUAUUCAGGAAAUGGUGGACAGAGUGAUUGAGGUGUCCCAUGCUGCCCAUGAACUCAAAGUUGUAAUAACACAAGCUGCCAAGCAGUGAUAAAAAAAACUUUUGGGGGUGUGGGUUAUGUUAAAUUUCAAUUACUUAACUAUAUUUAUGAAUAAUCAAAUCUUGUAAACAAAUAUAUUUUUUUUGGAGGAUUUACAUUCUAGGUCAAAUCUCAAGUCACAUAUUUUUCAAAGGUUUCCAUCGUCAUUAGUUUUCCUUCAUUUAUUUGAAAUCAUUGGGGUCUUGGGUAAUCACCAACUUUCAUAGUAUCUUUUGCCCUAUGCUCAAGUGACAGUUAGAAGAGAAAACAUUCCUAUAAUUUGAAAACUAUUUUCAAUAUAUGCUCAAAUAAUUCUAAAUUGAUUUUCACACCAUGAAUGCCAUUACAUCAAUCAAUAUUCAUUAAGUUGCAUAUAACACUAUAUAACAUAUAGCUUGACACGACACUAUAGUAUUUCACCACUUCCCUGUUUCUUUUUAGCUACUAGCUAGUGAAACUAGUAAUUAAAGAAAAUAUACUGUAUAGUUGAAGCAAUUAGCAAUGUGUGCUAAUAAAACUUUGUCUUUCUUCAGUGUGCCUGGGGCACAUCUAUUUUUGUAUUUUAAUGUAAUUAUUUUCAUGUCGAAAAUGAAAUUUUUUUUUUUAACAAUGUUCUCUUAAUGUUUUUAAAUGCUUUCUUGAGAAGUUAAAAGCCUAAUAUUUGUGUACACUGGAAAAUAAAUACUUCCAUCUUAUGUGAACAAAAGUUGUACUAUAUUUCUAGUUUUCUUUAUUUAUCAUUGACCAAGUACUUUGGUUGUGAACCAGUCUCACUGGCACUUAAAUUACUGUUGCAUUCAUAGCAUGAUGAAAAGGAGAAAACUCCACAGUACAUUUUUUUAUAUACUGGCACCAAACAGCUUUCAUUGUGGCUACCUGGUAUGAAGAGUUUUUAUUGUGGCGACCUGGUAUGAACUGCUUCUAAACCCUUCCACCCAUCAUCUGCAGGAGGUCUCAGCUAUGACAUAAUAAUCACUUUUGAAGGAAUGUCGAAAGUUGUAAAAUAAAACGCUAUUGGUAGUCUGCGCCAGAGCUAGAAGCAUAGAAUCAGUCUAGGAAAGUGAGACAGAAGAAUAGAUUUGACUCAAGAAACUAGAGCCAAUCAGAGUAAUGAUCAGAAUGUUUAUCACAUUUGUAGAAAUUGGUCCCUGAGUUAAUUCUGUAAUUUUGAUCUUGAAAAAAAGGUUUAACAAUAUUCAUUAUAAUUUUAGAAAGUAGUUGUUUUUGUUUUGUUGUUUUGAAUUAUCUGCUUUGCCGGUGUAAAGUGGUUGACACAGUCUACAUUCAUUGCUUGAAUGUAAUAAUUUGUUGAUGUCUAUAGAGAUGUGCUUCCACCAAUUGUUUUUAUAUAAUGACCUGAAACAUUUGGAACAGUUCUAGUUCCAAACUCAAAAAUGUUGUAAUUAGCUUGACUCACAGUUUCAUACUGGCUCAUUGACCCUUUCUAUACUUGUCAUGUUACUGUAUUGACACUUGCUAUACUUGUCAUGUUACUGUAUUCAUAAUUGUUAAUAGAAUAACUAGGCCUUUAAUUUUUGGUCAUAGUGAGGGGACAUGUUGUUAUUGUUUAGGUUAAAUUUUUUUUUUUGUUAUAUGAAAGCUAAGUUUGUUGUUGAUUUGUUGAAUUUUUUAAAUCAACAAACACUUAUUUUUGUCUCUUAACUCUACUUAAAAUUGUCGUGGCCAAAAACAAAAUUUAUAUACAUCUGAGAUUUUUUGUUGUCAUUAUACAAAAUACAAUUAUUUCUAAAUUUUCUAACAAUACCCCAGCAGAAGUGUUCUUUGAACAAUUGAAUCUUGCGGUUAGACAUCUCUCAAAAAGUUCCUGCAAAUUGGUUCUCAAAAAAUGAAAUGUACCAAAAUAAAGAAAAAUAUUUUUUUUUUAAAGUUAAAAACUAUUUUUAUAGAAACUUAUAAAACAGUAAUGAAAAGAGAGAGGGGGUAUAUACAUGUCACAUAUGGUGAACAAUUGAUCAUUUCAAAAUGUUUUUGAUAGUAUAGCUGCCUUUAAAAAUUAUACAUUGUGUAAAACAAAAAAAUGUAUGUCAAUGAUUUGUCAGUAAAAUUGCUUUGGAUCCAUUUGAUAAUAAUCUUGUAGAAUUAUAUUUUACUAAAUGCUAUUGCCUACUACUUUUUUUUGUUUUUUGGAGUAUACAGAACUUGAAUUAGGACUGUUGACUAAGGCAAGAAAAAAGCAUAAAAAAUCAACCGCUUUUCAUUUUCCCCAACUAAUAUCAGGUACCCAUUAGAGCUGGGUUGACUUAGAGGCACCCUAAAGAUCCCAAAAAUAAAAAUCUCUGUCUAUACCAGGUUUUCAACCUGGGGCCCUCCAGUUUGGAUGCCAACUGCUUUAGCACUCAGUCACCUAAAGCAAUCAGGUUUUUACAAAUGUUUCCUUAUAUAUAUAUAUAUAUAUUUGCCAAAUCAUUGAACGCAUUGUUUAGCUUAUUGGAGACUUUCAUGCAUGGGGGGAAAAACUAUAAAUAGCUUAUUGGUGUAUCUGGUGUACAAACUAAAGGAAGUGUUGGUAAAGCUGUGGUGCUACUUCAAACUCUAAUCAAAUAAAUGGGCAACACCUGGACAAAUGUAUACUUUAAAAUGAUAGCUCAUAGUUCUUUUUACUUGGUGAGCACCAUUGAACUUCAACAUGAUAGGCUCCAAAAUUGUUUUGUAAGACCAAUGCAACCAUUUUUAAAAUCCUCAACAACUUUUUCUUCAGUGUCACUGGUAUUUGGUCAAACAUAUAAAAGCAGGAAUAAUUGUGAAUCUCUUGCUAAGACAUUGCUCUACAGCUAAGAAAUUUUUUAAAAUUUAUUUGAUUUAGAUUGUGUGGUAUGUGUGCCUGACUGUCGUUCAGACUUGCCGGUGGUCCUGGGUUCAUACCCGGCCCACUGCCAUCCCCCGUUGUUCUGCGGGAGGUUUGGACCAUGAAGUAAAUUAUCUUCAACUCUGAAGGAACAUUCAAAACAUGUAAAACAUUUUACAAAUUUUUUUUAUUAAUCUGGAGGCUCUAUUUAAUACACUGUAAUAAAACUUUGUUUCCCUUUGACCAGUGUCAUAGAGCAAUAGAGAACUAUUGAUUAAAUCUAUGUCUUCCUAUACAAUAAAUGUGAUAAUUAAUCAACCUGAUUUCUUUAGGUCACGUCUGCAAUCAGACUAUAUAGAACUAUGUUUGAAGAUGUUUCAAUAGAUUUGUCUAUCUAUAAUGUACAAGCUAGUGUGGAAGAGAUGAGUGAGUGAAUGAACUGGUGUUGUAGAUUGCAGCUUAAUUAUGAACUAACUAUUGUAGACAACCUUGUCAAUAAUUAGGCCUACUUAGUUCAUGUAUUGGCUUUUCCAUUGGAUCAUAUUAUGUUUUAUGUUUAUACAUCAAUUAAAAACAAAAGGAGCCAGAGCUUUGAUUUCAAA